UCAAACCUUUGUCUCGACCGUUCGUGGAAGUUAAAAAGAGAGAGAAACAAAACAUUAGUCUUUCUUUAGCAAUAGAGGGAGAAAGAAAACGAAAGCAAGAGUCCUUUUUUUUUUUUUUUUUUCCCUCUAAUCAGGUACUUCUAUUUUCAUGCUUGAAAAUUUCACUUUUUUCUUUAUUUUUUUGGUAAAGUUUCUUUUAGCUAAUUUUGUUGUUUUAUUGUACUGAGUCUUUGAUCUUUAGCUCUGGGUUUUUUUGUGGGUUUUUAAUCUAUGACUGUUUAAAUGGAAGUUGAAACUGUAUAACUGUCAUUUAAGCUUUUUUUUUUUGGUUAGGGUUUAUAUGCAGAAGGGUUUUGGUUUUUUUGAGCUUUUUUGGUAUCCUUUGAUGUUUUGCUGUGUAAUUAAGGUGUGUUAUGAGGUUUUAUUGUGUUUUAUGGGAUUAAAAGACUUGGGUUGACUUUAAUUUUGGUGGGUUUUACUUGAAGAAUUUGUUCUGCUUUGAUACGGUUCUUAUUUGCAUGUCUCUCAUGAAGAGUUUUUGCUACCUUUCUCUUUCUCUUCUAAAUUUUCUUUGUAUGAAAAGUUCUCUCAAGGCCGACUAUAGUAUGCACCAAGACCUAUGUUUGCCUAACAGAAAUAUAGAUCUAGGUUUCAGAAUUGUGGUGUUCUGUGAUAUUCUGAAUUGAUUAUUUCAACACUCUUUAGUACUUCUAGAAAAAAGGGUUCUGGCGUUUGACUUUUGAUUCCCAUCAUUUUCUUUGGUUUUGUUUUUGCCAUACAUGUCUCACUGCUCACAAAUUAUGCUGCUUGAGAGUUCUUUCUUUUCUAUCUUUGUCUCUUUGUUCUGUUAGUCCUUUAUGUCAAGCUGUUUUAAUAUGUUCGCUUCUUGUCCUUGACUAUUCAUGUAACACAGCUUCUGCUGCUGAUUUGAUUGUUUAGAGGGGUUUUUUUCCCCACUGAUGUUCCGCAAUCGAGAUUGUGGUAUAUAUAACAGUUGCAGAUCAAAUGCCAUCUCUAAGAAUGAAGACCAAAUCAAGCACGGGUUCUUUAAGAGAAAAAAAUGGUCUCUGGGUGUGUCAGAAGUCUAGCAUGAUUUGCAAAAGGCCGUGCUCUCAUGUUAGGAUUUCCCCGCAAGGAGCUGAAUUCGGUAUGUGCAUUCAAAACUUUCACGAUGAAGUGGCGUCUCAAGUUUUUGAAAUUAAUGGAGACAGUGCACAGCAACUAAGUUUGGAUGAAGACGAUUCUGGGCUUCAGAAACAGCUUCCAGUUUUUGUUGAUUCUACAACUGUAGGGAGAAUGGAAUCUGCCCACACCUGUGCCUCAAACUUAGAGACAAUAUUCUCUCCUUUUCUGGAGCCAAUCCAACUACGCAUUGAACCGAAUUUUGACAAUGAUGCAGGGAGUAAUGAUGGCCCUGAAGUGCCCGCAUCAGGGGCUGAUGACAGAGCUGAUAACAAAAGCUCAGUUGGCAGUCAAACAUGUAAUGUAUCAGAUUUCUUUAUAUCUGACAUGAUAAUCACGAGCAUACCAUUUGAUGGAAAUGCUGUUGAUGAUAACAUUUCUGGAACCAAUUCAUUUCCUGAUUUUAUGUGUUCUGAGCCACGUAUGUUGUUUGAUGUGGCCGAGCAAUAUAUGAUACUGCCUUUCCUUGAGGACACUGUCAAAGCCAAUGAUAUAAAUGAUGUUAAUUUGCAAAACGAAGCCUUGAUGGCUCAAGAUAAUACUGGUUUAUGUCCAGCAAUUGAUCAGAUGAGAUCCUGCAUAAAGGAAUCUGAUGUUAACGCUGACUCUGGUCAAGCAGAUGACUUUGAUCCACAAUCAUUUAUAAAAAGUUUACCAGAACUAUCUGAUGUUGUAUCAAGCUUUCGGCCUGCUAUGGUUCCAACAGAGGCUUGGAGAAGGAAGCCCAUAACUCUUGUGCUUGAUUUGGAUGAAACUCUUGUCCACUCUACGGUAGAACAUUGUGAUGAUGCUGACUUCACCUUUACAGUCUUUUUCAACAUGAAAGAGCACACUUUGUACGUAAAGCAGAGGCCUCACCUCCAGACAUUUUUGGAGAAAGUUGCAGAGAUGUUUGAAAUUGUUAUCUUUACUGCCAGCCAAAGCAUUUAUGCGGAACAACUACUGGACAUAUUGGACUCAGAUCGGAAGCUCAUAUCUCGUCGGGUUUAUCGGGAAUCUUGCAUUUUUUCAGAUGGAAGUUACACUAAAGAUUUGACAGUUUUAGGUGUUGAUCUUGCAAAAGUUGCUAUAAUUGAUAAUUCUCCACAGGUUUUCAGGUUGCAAGUGAAUAACGGGAUUCCUAUUAAGAGUUGGUUUGAUGAUCCGUCUGAUUGUGCACUAAUUUCGUUACUUCCCUUUUUAGAGACUCUGGUUGACGUUGAUGAUGUCCGUCCUCUCAUUGCCAAGAAAUUUGGUGUCUCCUUCAGCUUUGCUUACAUUAUAAGAAGAUUAUGGAAAGAUCAUAUUGCCUUCUGCAAAGUUGGAGAAUUCAAGAGAAAAGGUCAUAUGAUGAACAUUACUAGAUUAUCUGCUAAUGGCAAAAUAAUAGAUCCUUUUCAUGAGGUGAAGAGCAAACGAGACAAGAAAAAAGAGACCAAGGAUACAGUCUAUUCCAGGUCUCGUGGUGCCAAUAACCUAGGGAGUCGUGGUGGUAGGAGUGGUUCAGACCGAUAUAUUGGGCGUGGUGGCUCAUCCCAUUACAGUUCUAAUGAGUCUGGCCCUUCGCAUGGUAAACCUGCACCAAAGAGAGAAAAUGGAACUCAUGCUCAUGCAGAGUCCUCAUCUUCUGCAUCUGGUAUGCAAGGAAAUACCAUGAAGCGGAGACCUCCAUCCCACAGUGAAGUUGCGGUCACAGAAAAUAAAAUGUCCACAGUAGGUUUAGGUGAUGGGGUUUCUUCAUCAUCACAGCCUUAUGGAUACCAAUCUGCUUGGUUGGGGGUUCCAGGUCAAGUAUCAAUGGCUGAUAUUGUGAAGAUGGGCAGGCCACAAAACAAGGCUUCUGACAUGCCAAACCCACCUCAUCAAAGUGUUAAUAAUCAGCAUCUUGUGGUACCUCCUUCAGCAGCAUUACAUCCCAAUUUACAUUCACCACAGCAUCAUGCUUCAAGGGUGUCAGAUGUUACUUAUGAGCCUGAUGUCACCACGAAGAAUCAUGUUUCUCCGAGUGAUGAAUGGCCCCCCAUUGAGAACCCAUCUGCUGUCAGUGUGACCACUUUCUUAGAGGCACCCGCAGACUCUGGACUGUAUGCAAACGAUUCUAACAUAUCUUUGGACAGUAGUAAUCACCACAUAAAAUCCCAGCUAGAGGAAGCUCAGCCAGUGGAUGAUGGUCCUGUUGAAAUUGUCAAUGGUAACGUUGUUAGUUCUCCUACUUCAAGUAGAAAAAUACAAGAGGAUGAUUCUGGCUUAUAUAAGGAUGUGAAUUCUUAUAAGCCUCAAAGGCAUGCUAUUGAGCAUGAUGAAGCUGAAGAUGGUUCUUCAUCAGUUUCUAAUUUGCAGCAACUUAAUUUACAUGAUGAUGAUCAGAAGCCCUCACCUGAAGAGGACAAUCCCUCUGUAAUAAUUCCAAAUCACCUACAAGUCCACACACCAGACUGUUCACAUUUGAGUUUUGGAAGUUUUGGACCUGGCAUUAGUUCUGCCUUUUCUGGGACAUUUGCUUCAAGGCCCUUAAAGAAUAAUUUGGACGAGGUCCCUGAAGCAGCAGAUGCCUCAUCUAUUGGCCACUCGGACGAUAGAAAUCCUGAAUAUUACGGGGAUGAACAUCUCAGAAGUAACACAGAGGAAAAUGUAAUGAAUGGAAGUAAUGUUAGCACUGGCAAUUAUGAGGCUUCUGAAGAUUCUCGUUCUGAGGUUUUGAAACAGGAUGCUUCUGAAGCUGCCCAAGGGAGCCAAUAUACGUUUCCUUCAUCUGUGUCUGGUUAUAGCUAUGAAAACUCUCAACAGUUUGAUCCUGCUUUCACUCAUACACAGACAAGCUCUCAAAUGCAAAAUCUCACUCCUUUCUCAAGUGUAAUGCAUGCAUAUACAAAUUCAUUACCAAGCACUUUGCUGACAUCAACUGUUCAGACUGCAAGGGAGCAAGAUCUGCCAUAUUCACCCUUCCCUGUGACUCAGUCAAUGCCAGCAAGAUACAGCAAUGCAGCCUCGUCCAUUAGUGGUCCAACCAUUUCUAUGCCAGAGGCUUUAAGAGCAGCUAGUAUUUCUGCUCCACAGCCUACUCAACAGGCCCUGCCUGGUGCCAGUGUUGCUACGGGACCUGCUCUUCCACAGCAUCUAGCCAUGCACCCUUUUUCCCAGCCUACGCUCCCAUUGGGACAUUUUGCCAACAUGAUUAGUUAUCCUUUCUUACCUCAGAGUUACACGUAUAUGCCAUCAGCUUACCAGCAAGCAUUUGCUGGUAAUAGUAACUACCCCCAGUCCUUGGCAACAGUGCUCCCUCAAUACAAAAAUAGUGUUUCUGUUAGCAGCUUGCCUCAAUCUACUGCAAUCCCAUCUGGCUAUGGGUUUGGGAGUGCUACCAGCAUUCCUGGAGGACUUCCUCUGAAUCCACCUACUGCUCCUGCGGGCACAACCAUUGGCUACGAUGAUGUUCUGAGUUCUCAGUACAAGGACAGCAAUCACUUGAUGUCACUUCAACAGAAUGAGAAUUCUGCCAUGUGGAUUCACGGCCCUGGCUCAAGAACAAUGUCUGCUGUUCCUGCAAGCACAUAUUACAGCUUCCAGGGGCAUAACCAGCAGGCUGGUGGAUUUCGACAAGGGCAACAGCCUUCACAGCAUUUUGGGGCUCUUGGUUACCCAAAUUUCUACCAUUCACAAACGGGAGUAUCGCUGGAACAUCAGCAGCAAAACCCUAUGGAUGGAUCCCUGAGUGGGUCUCAAGGCCAGCCAUCAAAGCUGACCCAACAGUUGUGGCAAAACAAUUACUAAUCUUGUCACCUCCUGGUUUUUCAGGGUCUUGUAGCGAGUUUGAGAGUGGCCAAUCGAGGCGUUCUUGCGAUUGAAUGAUUAUAUGUAUCAUUGAUGGGUCUGACGAAACCUUGACUGGCUACUGCCCUGUGCCAUGAGGUUGUAUUCUACUUAUUUAUUGUCUGGUUAACUUAGGAAAACAGUGUGCUGAUUUGGGAUAGUGGACUUUUUCCUUAACUUUUUCUUCCUCCAUUGUUUCCCUGUUCUCUUAUCUUAUAGUGAAAAUUUUCUUUUUAUUUCUCUCAUGAUGUCUCGAUGAGUUAAAAUUUACUCUUUAGCCAGGGUCUUGCAAUCAAAUUUAUUUUUACCUUUUAGGAUGUUCUCCCUACGUUCCACAGCCAGGAAAUUGCAUAUGUGCUCUGGGAAAAAAAGGGGUAAAAAAAGGGCAUAACCUGUAGUCGAGGACCAUACCAAAUUCUAACCAAUCGAUUCUCUCUUUAGUCGUCGCCCAUUGGAAGUUAAGGCCCGAAUGUUUCAAAGUUCAAGCCCAAAUGACUCACUAUUCGAAUCUAUUAUCAAAGAUUGGAAGAUUCAAGGUUUGAGUGCAUGCAGUAAGCUGAAGAGGUUUUCCCUUCCGAUUCUUAAUCCUGACCAGAUCAUUUAAAAGCUGAAGAAAAAUUGCUCUUAACAGUCUCAGGUUUAGCACAUUGGACUGUUAAAGAACCAAUGCCAUAGCAAGCAAUCAUAAGGGAGCACCAAUCAUUAACCCUCACGCAUGCCUACUGAAUACCACUUGCUAAAAUAUUUUGUGAAUAGAGUUUUGCAAGUUUGGGACCCUUUUUUUUCCGUCAACAGUGAAAGGCAAUCCAUAAAUUUGUCAUGGAUUUUUUAUCCCGAGAGGACUCAAGGAGGGUCUCUGCACAUAAAAUAUAGGGUGGCCAUACCCUAUAACU